UCCAGUCCAGCACCGGACCUGUUCCUGUCCUGGCUGCCCUUUCGCCAUCCAGAACCUGAAGACCCGGGACAGCGGGCUCCCCCAGCCGCGGGUCCAGUCCAGCCGGCGCCAGGAGGUCCAGAUGCAGGCCAAGGAGGCGGGCGCCGGUUCUGUCGGCCUGGGCCUGUGCCUGGGUCUGGGCCUGGCUCUGGACGACGGCGCCGGUGAGCCGACCAGCCCGCCCAGAUCGGAGCAGAGCCGUCACGACCCAGACGUCUGCCCCAGCCCCAAGCACAGCCUGGCCCACCAGCAGCACAACCCGCCGCCACGGAACCAGACCGGUCCGGCCCGGGACGCGCCGCCCUUCCCCUGCCUGUCCUGCCACCGCGGCUUCCAGAGCUGCGCCCAGCUCCUGCGCCACCAGCAGGGCCACGCCCAGCAGGAGGGCGGGCAGAGCCACCCCUGCAUGCACUGCCACGCCGCCUUCGCCCGGCCCGGCCAGCUGCUGCAGCACCAGCGCGCCGCGCACGCCUCCAAGGCCGGCGGCUUCCUGUGCGCCGAGUGCGGCCGCGCCUUCAACAGCAACAGCAACCUGCGCGUCCACCUGCACGUGCACACGGGCGCGCGGCCCUACGCCUGCCAGGACUGCGGCAAGAGCUUCAGCCAGUCGGGGGCGCUCAAGAUCCACCGGCGCAUCCACACCGGCGAGCGGCCCUACGUCUGCUCCUACUGCGGCCGCGGCUUCCCCCACCUGGCCGGCAUCCGGGCGCACCAGCGCACGCACACGGGCGAGAAGCCCUACCGCUGCCCGCACUGCGGCAAGUGCUUCACCCAGUCGGGGGCGCUCAAGAUCCACUGCCGCAUCCACACCGGCGAGCGGCCCUACCUGUGCGCCGCCUGCGGAAAGGGCUUCUCCAACCGCUCCGGCAUCCGCUUCCAUCAGAAGACGGUGCACGGGAUCGCCCCGGACUGCGCGCCCGGCCCCAGCUCGCCCCCGGCCCCGCCCNCGGCCCCGCCCGCGCCGGUGCUGCCCUACGCCUGCGAGGACUGCGGCCUGCGGUUCGGGGACGCCCUCUCCCGCAACCGGCACCAGAAACUGCAGCACUACGCCGACCAGGAGGAGGAGGAGGAGAGGAGAGGCAGGGAGGGAGAGAGAGCAGGGAAGAGAGAGAGGGAGGGAGGAGGGGAGGAGGUGCCAGAGCCGGAGAGAGGAAGAGGGAUUGAGGAAGAGGAGGGGGUCCAGCACAGCCCUCACGGAGCAGAGACCCUGGACAGUCUGAGAGCGGACGAGCCAGCGACUGACCCUGGAGGGGUGUCCCCACCCCCUCCGAACACAGACCCUGACCCCUCCGACAGUUCGGAGAGCUUGAGAGUUCCUGGGGCCACAGUCUGCCUGCUCCUUCGGCACGUCGUGUGGACGACCCCUGGUGGCCGGAGUGGGAACUGCAGUUGGAAAUCGACCAGUGAGAAGGGCGAGGCCUGCAGAGCCGCGGAUCCUCCCGGGAGCAGCCCGCGGGCGGCCAGCAGAGUCUCCGGGCUGCGCAGCCCGGCGCCCAACGGGACCUUCCCACCCGUCUGCCUUCCCUUCCGAAAGGAGGGGAACAGUUCUAGGAUGGCACAGCUGCAGAAUUCUGGUGGCUCUGAGACAUUUGGAAACGUGCUGAGAGACCCCUCUGUGUGA